AACAUAAAACUCUGGAACCCUUCGGCCGUUACCGGCGCGUUGGCUCUUUGAACUCUAAACCCUAGCGGCCGUUAUUUCCGGAGACAUGUGGAAGCGGGCCUUCAGCGUCGGCGGCGCCGCCAUCCUCCGGUGUUCUACGGCCGGGAGGCGGCUCUCCUCCGCCUCGCCCGACCCCGUACUGGCCCCCCUCCUUCGCUCCCUCGAAGAGUACCGCCUCGAGCUCUCCGAGAUAUCCCCACCCCCGAAGUUGAAGCCGCCGCCGCCGCCAUUCUCAGUGGUGGAGGGGGCGAUGGAGCGGCAGGGCGGGCCGGUCCUCUGGACGGCGUACGGAGAGGAAGAGAUCACCGUCUGGGUCGAUCGCCGGGCCCACAUCCUCCCGGGCCGCGGAGCCGCCUCCGCCGCCGCCGGCGAUGUGAUCAGCGAAUUAUGUCUGUUCGUCGAUGUGUCGAAGCCCGGGCGCGAGCGGUCCCUGCUCUUCCUCUGCGGCCUCUACCCGGACGGCGUCGGGAUUCACUCCAUCUGCCUCAAGCCCAGCAUUUACCCAACCUCCACGUCCAUGUACCAGGGCCGCGUCUUCCAAGAGCUAGAUUGGAAAAUGAGGGAUGCAUUUCAACGGUACAUUGAGACACGUGGUGUAAACAAGAGCCUUUUCCCAUUUCUACAGGAUUGGCUUUAUGUGAAAGUUUAUCAGAAUCUGAUGAGUUGGUUUAAGAAUGUGGGCACCUUCAUCACAGGGUGUGAACCAAAUUGAGUUGCAGCUUGUUAGACAAGUUCAGAUUUUGGAGCAGUGGUUGGUUUCUCAGGCAGGCGCAGCACUGUUUUUAUUGAGUUAUUUGUAAUCAGGUACGAUGCUUUGAAAUUUGUAGACAUCGAGAUGAACAUCGUUGUUCAAGAGAAUCUUCCUUGUGCAUGUUGGAAAAUAUCACACAAACAUGCAUACUUAUGAAUCUUUUUUAACUCCUUCCUUUUGUAUACCUCGAUGAGUUGUAUUACCUCUUUCCAGAGAAUAGUAUGAAUAGCAUAGCAUUGGUUGCUGUUUA